GUUUAUUUUAUUUUCGAGGAGUAAUGUAUGGAAUCACUUAUUGUACUGCAUGCAUGUUUCAUCAAUAGCCAAGAUCGAAAACACGAUCUUUAUGACACUGAACGUUGUCAACAUCAUUGUCUAUAUCCUCAUUUUCACCGCUUCGAUCGUCAAAGCACACGGUGCCACUCUUGGUGAAAUCAUGCAGUCUGUCUAUUGCAGCGCAUUGAGCGUAUUGUUAUUAGCGAAUGAAGUCAAGUUGCUGUCGUUCACGCAAGUUUAUUUUGGUUUUCUGCAUACAUUUCGGGGCAAAGGCUUGCUCAUGAUUCUUCUCGGCUGUGCCGUGAUGUGUCAUCACGUCUUUAAUAUCAUCGUCGCAAUUUUCAGUUUUACCCUAGGAUUAGCCUAUAUCAUUAUUUCAUUUCUACCCAAUACCAGGAAACCCUAUUCGUUUUGGACUCAUUGGCAAUGCCACAAGGAUCUGUGUGCAGUCCCUUCUCUACUUUUUGCAAAGGCUCCCUCAAUCCACUCCUUCAUCAACUAUCCGCAUCCAUCCACCUGGCACCCUUCUCCGCAAGCGUCUCCUUACAUAAUGACGUCGCAACCGCACCCCAGCUUGCUGACACCGCCUACAGCAAUAGUCAACCCUACUCAUUUCCAGCCCAUGGCAAUUCACCCGCACAAAGAUCGAGACAAAACCCGAUGUCUCAUCACCUCUGGCUACUAGGGAUAUCAUCAUCGUGUAUCAUCAAUAAUCAUGCUUCAGAACAUAUACAUACAAGCGUAUUCUUAUUGUUA